GAGAGAGAGAGAGAGAGAGAGAGAGCAAAACCCUAGAUUUGCAGCAGAAAAAGCAAGGAGAAGAUGUCUUCUACUUUCAGCGGCGACGAAACUGCUCCCUUCUUCGGCUUCCUCGGCGCCGCUGCUGCCCUCGUCUUCUCCUGCAUGGGGGCCGCCUACGGCACGGCAAAGAGCGGUGUCGGUGUCGCGUCGAUGGGCGUGAUGCGCCCGGAACUCGUCAUGAAAUCGAUCGUGCCCGUCGUCAUGGCUGGAGUCCUUGGAAUCUACGGCCUGAUCAUCGCCGUUAUUAUAAGCACUGGAAUCAACCCGAAGGCGAAAUCAUAUUAUCUUUUUGAUGGGUAUGCGCACCUCUCAUCGGGGCUCGCUUGCGGGCUUGCUGGGUUGUCGGCCGGGAUGGCAAUUGGGAUUGUCGGCGAUGCUGGCGUCCGGGCCAAUGCUCAGCAGCCGAAGCUGUUCGUGGGCAUGAUUCUUAUACUCAUCUUUGCAGAAGCACUCGCUCUCUACGGUCUGAUUGUUGGUAUUAUUCUCUCGUCUCGAGCUGGCCAAUCUCGAGCGGAUUGAAAAUCAAGCCCCAUGGCUUUUUGGAAACCUUUGUUCUUCCAUGCUGGUUGAGGAAGUUUAUAAACUGAUGGCACAAUUUGGGAUUCCCACAAUUACAGAUUUCAAGGUUUGUCCAGCUGCUGGAGUCGGAACUGUACCUUUCUGAAUGGGAUGACUAUCAUUUAUUCUAUCAAUUAAGAAUAUCAUAUCACGGGCUUUGGGUCUUCUUUCUAAGAUAGGAACACCAAGAUAUUUUGGAGGAUCAUUCGGAAUGGGGAGAGCUUGAGCAUGUUUCUUUUAGACGUAAAUGACAGAUUCAUUCUGAUUAAUCUCUUAACUAGCCUCUUGGCCCUUUAGUUGCUCUAUAUAGUUGGGUGGAUACUUAAAUUCU